AUGAAGAAAGUGACUAUGAAGGCACAGCAUCUGCCUUCUGUUUUCAUCAAUGAAGACAAGUCCAUAACCAGAGAGGAGCUGCAUUCUCUUCUGAAGAAUUACAACUCUUACUAUUCAGAUCAAGAGAAUCUGCAACUGACAUUUAGUCAGCAAGAAGGAAGCACACCAUUCAUUGAAGGAAUCUUCUCAAUAUUCUGGGGAGUGCGACAUCCUAUCAGAUUAAAAAUUCAGGAUGAGAAGCAGAUUCCCUCUUUUGUGACCCUGAAGACAACAGAGAAUGUGGAUUUUUUCCCUAGUAAAAGGGGAAUGACUCGCUGGGGAGAAUUUGAUGACCUCCACCACAUUAGCGGGGAUACGUUGAAGUCUACUGAGGAACAGCCAGACCUUGAGCAAAGUUAUCCAUGCUAUGAAAGUCACACUCUGAAGUCCAGGAGGGAGCAGGAGCUCGACUGUGCCACCCUGCCCCGGACCAGCAGCGAUGCCGCGGCCGUGCGCAAGAGGACCAAGCUCCCCACGAUAGCCAGGACACAAGUAGAAACUCACAGGUUCUCAAUCAACGGCCACUUCUACAACCACGAGACAUCAAUUUUCACUCCAGCUUUUGGAUCAGAAACCAAAAUAAGAAUCAACAGCCAGAUGACAACCAGACAAGUGAUAGAACAGCUGCUUCGUAAGUUUAAGAUAGAAAACAGCCCCCAUGAAUUCGCACUUUAUGUUAUCCAUGCAUCUGGAGAAAAGAAACAGUUGAGGAGUGAAGACGUUCCCUUGCUGCACAGGCUGCUGCUGGGGCCCUCUAAGGGGAUUGCCAAGUUCUUCCUCAUGGAUGGGAACGUGGAAGAGAUCAGCAGUGACGUUGCUCAGUACAUUUCAUUUCAUCUUCCCUUUUUGGAGUCGAUUCUGCACAGAAUAAAUGAAGAGGAGAAGCAGGAGAUUCAACGGACAAAGUCAAGGUACCUAAGAGAGAAGAACCUGAUACGGCAACAGCUUCGCAGUCGAAGUGUUAAAAAAGCAGAGACUACGGUAUGAUGGGAUGGCCCUUG